CAUGUUAUUAGUUUUCAUGAAUAAUGAUCACGUUAAAGAUCUAAAACCAACUGGUCUGUGCCCCUGGUGAGAGAUUUGCCUUAUACUUUCUAUUUCAAUCAGUUCCCAUUAAAGAUAUCCCGGAUGAUCCCUGAUCCUUUGAUAGGGACACCAUCACUACUUAUUAACUCGUCUUUGUGAUACUGUAUGAUUUAUGGUUUCCAACCCUCUCGGGUUGACAUGCUGAAAUACCACACCUAAGGGCACUAAGGUUCAUCUGUGCUGUCAAAAGUGCAGAUAUAGCCUGGACCUCCUUGUGUUGGUAAUAGGCUGAUAAAUUGCUGGACGAGGUAAGGUUUGGUGCAUCUUCACCACUGGGAAGAAAAUGGAUCUGGCGAAGGGCCGUCGUAGGUCCAGGGGUAUGAGCACCCUGGAAAAGUGUCUGAUAUUUCUCUUUCUGGCCAUGACUGGUGUCUGCAUCAGCCUUGUAGUCGUCUACUUCGUUAAGAAAGAUGACGCUUCUGCUCAUGUGGAAGGGACUGAAUCAGGAUGUGGUGGUCCUCAGCAGCUGUCUGGAGAGUCAGGUACCUUCACCAGCUGGAACUACCCCAAUAGCUAUGACAACGGCAAGAGCUGUGCCUGGCACAUCACGGUGGACCCGGGCAAGGUGAUCCAUCUGUGGUUUGAGGAAUUCGCUCUGGAGGACACCCAGCUCUGUACGGGAGACUUCAUCACAUUACGAGACUCUCUGGGAAUCAUUGGUAAAUACUGUGGAUACAUAAAACCAAAGGCAGUGGUUUCGCUUACAAACCAACUCACAGUGUUCUUCGACACCAAUGACAAGAAUACAGACAAAGGAUUCAAGGCUCAUUACAAAGCUGUAGCUCCAGAGCUCACAUCAGAAAUAGCCGGAGCUGGUGGCUUUCUCCAAGGUGACCAGGGGACUGUGAUGACCCCUGGCUACCCCGAGCAGAACUACCCAAACAGUGCACUAUACCAGUGGAGAAUCACAGUACCUGAAGGCGAGAAGGUCCGUCUGACCUUUACUGCCUUUGACCUGGUCCCUGAGGUCUGUGGAGAUUUUGUUCAGGUCUACGAUGGUGACAAGGCUGGCUCUUCUUCUUUAGGUAAAUUCUGUGGGGGGAAGAUGCCAAAGCCAGUGGAGUCCAGUAAUAACACAGUGGUAGUCCGCUUCAAAUCGGACAACAUUUUUACUUCUAAAGGCUUCAGCGCAACUUACACCAAGUCCAGCCUUCCACCUGUUGUUAUUCCCACCACAACACCCAAACCGACAACAACACCCACCCCUACAUCUUCUGGAAGUGGUGGUCCAAUAAUCAUCAGUGGGCGUAAGGGAGUGAUCCAGUCUUUGGGGUUCCCAAAUCCAUAUCCUGCUCAUCUAAAUAGCUCCUGGAAGAUAUCUGUGUCCAAAGGAUUCCUGGUCAAACUGCAGAUCACUGACAUGGCCAUCACAGGAGAGACUGGACAAUGCAAGGAGGACAAACUUGUCAUCUCAGAUGAUUAUAGCACACUAGGCACACACUGUGGCUACAUCAUUCCCCCUGUGGUGGUCAGUGCCAGCAACACAAUAUCUGUCACCUUCCAGUCCGACAGUCGCCUCACAGACCGAGGAUUCUCUGCCAAGUGGGAGGCUGUGUAUCCAGAGGAUAUCACAGAAAUCCAGGGCUGUGGCUUUACUUCCAAAGAGGAAACAGGGGUUAUCAAGUCCCAGAACUGGCCUAUGAACUACAAGGCUGACGCCGAGUGCAUGUGGAACAUCGUUUUGCCUGCUGGGAAAAAAAUCACGCUGAAUUUCACCCACUUUGACCUGGAACCCAAAGAUAUCCUAACGUUCAAAUGCUAUGAUAACAUAAUGGUGUACGACAUCAAUAGCGCGACUAACGCGCAGCUUAACAAGUACGGUCCAUUUUGUGGGACUACGCUGCCUCCUGCAAUCCAGUCAAAAGGCAACAGGCUGGUGAUUCGUUUCCAUGCAGACUUCCUUACUGAGGCCAAAGGCUUCAGGGCCUACUGGACAACAGACCCCAGUCUGCCUGCUCCCACUGAGCCGCCUGCUCAGCCCAACCCCUGGGACAACAUCUCCAUAGACUGGCCAAGUACAUGUGGGAAACCAGCCAUUCCUCCUGCUGUUAUGUCACGCAUUGUGAACGGAGAGGAAGCCAAGCCACAUUCCUGGCCCUGGCAAGUGUCCAUGCAGGUCUGGCCAGACAGCCGCCCAGAACCCACAUUCUUCCACACCUGUGGUGGUACUCUCAUUCAUAAGAACUGGGUACUUACAGCAGCCCAUUGCUUCAUAAGAUACGCUGAUGAGCUGCAGCGUUGGCGCAUGUGCCUUGGCAAACACAACCUGACUUACACAGAGCCGAGUGAACGCUGCUUCAAUGUGACUGGCAUCUACCGUCAUGAGGGAUUCAAGUAUCCCACGGUGCCCACGGUGGAGUUUGACAUUGCCCUGAUCAGACUGGAUGGGGAGGUGAUACCCAGUGAUGAGAUCUCAUAUGCCUGCCUUCCCUCAGUGGAGGAAGUGCUACCAGGGGGCAAGAAGUGCUACGCCACCGGCUGGGGAGAUGAGACUGGAGAUUCACUGAAUGCUAAAGUUGCCGAGGCCCUUAACCAGGUCGCACUGCCUGUUGUGCCAUAUGACACCUGCAAGAGGAUGGAUUACUGGUGGUUUCAGGUCAAGACCUCCAUGAUCUGCUGUGGUUAUACCCUGCCUGAUGAGCUCAAGUCUGUCUGUCAGGGGGAUUCAGGUGGUCCUCUGGUGUGCCAGGAUACCCCUGGUGCUCCUUGGGAAGUUCAUGGUAUAACCAGCUUUGGCCCUAUCGGAUGCAUCAUGAAUAAGAAGCCCUCUGUGUUCACCCGCUCCUCAGCCUACCUCCCCUGGAUUGAAAAUGUCAUCCGCAGGGACAUCUACAAUGAGCACACAUCUGGCUGUGGAGGGCCAAAGGACUUGACUGGCACAGAAGGAACCGUGUCCUCUGUGGGUUACCCUGGAAGCUACAGCAACAAAGCCAGAUGCCAAUGGAACAUCCAGGUGCCCCUAGGCAAACUGGUUCACCUCCAUUUCCACAAUUUCUCCCUGGAGGAGAGUCAGAUAUGCAUGAAUGACAAAGUCAGCGUCACAGACAGAAUAGGAGCACUAGGCACAUACUGCAGUCAUGUACCCCCUAAAGACUUAGUGAGCGAUGGAAACACACUUCACAUCAGCUUCUCUUCCAAUGACAAGGUGGUGGACACGGGCUUCACUGCCACCUGGAGGGCAGUGGACCCUACAGAGGUUCCUUGUGGAGGGAGCUUCAGCAGCAACCAGGGUGAAAUCACCUCUCCUUACUGGCCGAGUGACUACCAGGCCCAGUCUGUGUGCACAUGGCGUAUCGCCAUUCCUUCUGCAACAAAAGUCUUUGUAGCCUUCACUUACUUUGAACUGCAAGCUACAGACAUGUUUGGAAAGUGUGUGGACUAUGUGGAGAUCUUCAAUGGAGAAAGCAUGCAGUCACUAGGUCGAUUCUGCGGUUUUGCUCCUCCAUCCAGCAUUACCAUCCCUAGCAACACGGUUGUCAUUCGCUUCCUGAGUAACGGAAACAAUCAACAGAGCGGUUUUCGUGGUUAUUGGACCACAGAUGCCAGCGUUUUCCCAACGUUACCUCCUCCAACUUCUAACCCAUGGGACAACAUCACCAUUGACUGGCCAGAAAAUUGUGGAAACCCAGCAGUGACACCUAGUACAGCCACCCAGAGGGUCGUUAAUGGGGUAGAGGCGAUCCCCCACUCAUGGCCCUGGCAAGUCUCCAUGCAGGUGGCACCACUUUCAUUCUUACCUUACAUGCAUAAUUGUGGAGGUUCUUUGAUUCACGAAGAAUGGAUUCUAACCGCCGCUCACUGUUUCAUGUCGUAAGAUACAAAUACAGAAAGACCAACACUCCGUGCCAUUUUAAAAGCUCACUCCAUAAUUCUUUAAACCAUCAGUUGUCAAGAUUUUUAUUUUAACAAUGUAUCAGAUGACAAAGUAGUGAUGAACCAACAGAGGAUUAGCACCUGCAUCUGCAGCUCCUCCCAGCUUCACUGGUUUUGUAGUGAGUUUCAGCUCAUUGUUUAGCUGUAAAGCCCCAACACUGAUGUUUUAAUUUACAUAGCUAGCGACUAGCUUGAGAAUAUAGUGGAACAUUUAAUAGGUUAAGUGCCAGAGCUUCAGAAGUCAAUAAUGAGUACUGGACUUACUUAUUGCUAGAAGGCAAGAAACACACCAGAAGGAUGUUGUAGCUGUGGAACUUUCUUGAUGUGUAAAUAAGCAGCUGUUUGCCAACGCUUUCACAACAAUAUGUUAACUUCCAAUUACAAUUAGCCAAAGGGACAAAGGACAAAAAAAGUUCUAAUUUUCAACCUACCACCUGCUUUCCAGCUCAAUGAAUAAACCCUCCUCCUGGCGCAUGUGUUUGGGGAAGCACCACAUGAAAUCCUCCAUGGAUGUUCCCUCAGCGGAAGAAUGCUAUAAGGUGGAUGGUAUUAUCAGACACGAGGGGUUUGUCUAUGAGCAGGA